UUUACACAAAGUCCGGCUAGUUUAAUCCUUCUCUAGCACAGCACACAAGACAGCACCGCCGUCUCCUUCCUCCCGUGCUCGCGUAUCAUCCAAUUCCCACCGUCGAGAGCUCCAAUCCACUCACGAAUCCACUCCAAAUCCACUCCAAUCGAAUCCACCAUCCAGUGCAUCCACCAAAUCGAAGCUAACCAUGCAUCUCAGGCACUAGCCGGAGGGGAUCGAGGACGAGGAGGAGCCAAGAGCCGCCGGACCCAUCCAGCUGCCCGCGCGGCGGAUCCGAUCUCACCGGAUCGACGGCCGCACGCGGGGUUUGUGUGUGGCGGAGCGCCGGAGGGAGGAUGGGGAGCCGCGUCCUCGUAGCAGGUCGUCGCCGCCAGGGGCCCAUCUCACCGGUCAGUUCUAGCUAGGGUUUCGACCAGCAAAUCCAAAUCGGCCUUCGAAUCCCGGCCGGCCAUGGAGUCGCCGCCGCCGCACAAGCGCAACGUCGGCCGAGAUGACGACAGGAUCAGCGCGCUCCCCGACGACCUCCUCCUCGGAAUCCUCGAGCGCCUUGAACUGCGCGAGGCGGUCCGCGCCGGCGCAGUCUCGACGCGGUGGCGGCACCUGCCCCACCGGCUCUCGCGCCUGCACCUCAACGGUCGCCAUUUCCGCUGCACCACGCUGCUCGAGUACAUGGACGCCUUCACAGGCGCAGCACGGAGUUUGCUGACCGACCGCGACUGCCACUGCAACGGCAGUCAUGCUAUCAAGUCCAUCAGCCUCCGCUUCUUCCUGUCGGCCCCUCACCUGAGCUCCAUCGGCCGCGCCGUUGAGCACGUCGUCAGCCGCGGCGAGACCAAACGCCUCCAUUUUGGCACAUGCUCGCCAUACAAGAGAAACACUGCCCUGCAGCUCGCCGAGUUUGGGCAGCAGUUCAUGUCCUUCUCCCGCGACUACCCACUCGCUUUCCGGUGGCUCACCAGGCUUACACUCAAGAACCUUGCGUUUGGGCACUCCGACGUCACCGACCUCAUUAGUGCCUGCGACAAGCUCACGCACCUCACUCUGAGUUUUUGCCAACUGGUUGAUGAGCACACACCGCUCAAGAUCGACACACCGUCUUCUGGGAUCAAGGAUCUCGAAUUCAUCCAAUUUGGGUGCACGCAGAUCGAGCUCAUCUCUGUCCCCAAGCUCAGUAAAGUGCAGUGCACAUCUUGGGGCUUGGCGAACCCUCCUGUGCGCUUUGUUUAUGUUCCAGAGCUUCGCGAUGUGAGCCUCAGUACCCGUGCCAUUGCGUGGCAGGUGCCAUUCCUGCUGAGUGAGUGCUUGUCAAGGAGUGCAAUGAACUUGUCAAAACUGCAUCUCAAUUUUCGCCACCAAAUGAUAUGGAUUCAGCCGGAACAUCCGAAGCAGCUCACUGCUAUAUUCAGAAAUCUCUCCGAUUUGUCCCUUUCUGAAAUCUUCCCUGAGUGCGAUUUGAGCUGGACCCUAUUUAUCCUUGAAGCUGCACCUGCCUUGCAGAAGUUUACAUUAUCUCGAACUCGUCAUGCAUGUGACAUAGCGUUCGAGGACAAUGCCGAGAAGACCAACGUGGUGUGGGAGCCAUCAAAGGAUUUCAAGCACAUGAACUUGAAGUCACUGACGAUAGACGGGUUCGAGGAGGAGGACAAGGUGACGAACUACAUAAGGCUAGUCAUGGAGCGAGCUGUUGGGUUGAAGAGAAUCGAGUUGCGUGGUGAAGGAUGCAAGAAAUGUGAUGCCAUUGAUCCGAGGACAUCCCAGGUGGAUGAAACUCGCAGGCAUCGGAUCAAGGAGCUACUCACAAAUGGAUCAUCCUCAUCCGUGGAGAGAAUAAUGCGCUGACGGAUAUGAUCAAGGAAUGCUAUGUCUCAUCAUGCUUGCAGCUGCUGUAUGUGGCACGGUCAGCAGUAGUAAUUUAAUUUCUAGGUACUGAUAGCCUGAGAAUACUUGAAUGGUGUGGACUUUGCAGUGUGUCAUGCACUUAGCCAGCUUAGUUCGGAACCUUGCCCGAGAAGUGUGUCAAGGUAAGAAAGCUUAGUUCUGGAGCUCAAUUACAAGUGCAUAGUACUACAGUA